UUUAUGGCUCCCCCUUUCUCUCUCCCUCUUCACUCUUUACACCUCCCCUGUUCUAUAUUCUCCAGUUCUCACCAUCUUUUCUCAAUUGAAAAUCUAAAAGCUUUGCAUAAAUUCUAGUAUCAUCUCUCUUUUAAUAUCCCUUUUCGUUCUAAAACUUCGUAUAGAAUCAAGUGCGAGAAAACCCCAUCAAGCAUGAGAGAAACGAUACCUCAGAAGCUCAAUCUCAAGCUCAUUUUCUUAUUUCUGCUGCUUUUCUGUUUCAACAGCUCCCAUUGCAACUCGAUGAAUAAUAUGAAAACAUCUCUACAAUUUAUUAAAAAAGUGGAUAAUUUAUUGCCUGAAAUUUCUCCAUCUGGAAAUCCUGAACCCCUUUAUCCUCUUCUUGCUCCAUCUCCAUUAUCACCCUUCACAAUCACAAAUAACACUGCUCCAAAGUUAUCAGGGUUAUGUACACUAGAUUUUGACUCCAUAAACACCAUGAUGAGUAUGACUGCAAUCGAUUGUUUCACAGUAUUCGCCCCAUACUUAGCCAAUGUAGUAUGUUGCCCUCAAUUCAAAGCCACUUUAGUCAUUCUCAUUGGUCAAUCAAGGGCAAACAACAGUUUACAAAAGAUAUGUUCGGUUGGUCCAUCUAAUUUAACAGAAGGUUCUUGCCCGGUCAAAGAUGUUGACCAAUUUGAAAAAAUGGUCAACACUUCCAAGAUUCUUUCUAAAUGUGGAAAGAUUGAUCUUGUUAAUGAAUGUUGUCAAGAGGUGUGUCAGAAUGCUAUAUUGGAAGGUGCUAAAGAUCUUGCUUCUGUGUCUUUUGAACUUGAUGCAAUGGGGCUUAAGAGGCCCUCAGAUAUAUCAAAUCGGGUGGUGAAUGAUUGUAAAAAUAUUGUUUUGAGAUGGUUAGCAAGUAAACUUGAACCAACACGAGCUAAAGAAGUGCUAAGAGGAUUGGCUAAUUGCAAUCUUAAUAAAGUUUGCCCGUUGGUUUUACCAAAUGUCCGACCGGUUGCACACGGGUGUCACAACGAGCUUAGCAACCAAACAUCAUGUUGCAGUGCUAUGGAAAGUUAUGUAUCUCACUUACAAAAGCAAAGCUUUUUAACAAAUUUGCAAGCUUUAAAUUGUGCAUCUUCACUUGGAAAGAAGUUACAAAAAGAAAAUGUAACAAAUAAUGUUUAUAAUCUUUGUCAUAUAAGCCUCCAAGAUUUCUCCCUCCAAGCAAAUGGAAUGCAAGAAUCUGGAUGUCUUCUUCCAAGUUUGCCCUCAGAUGCAACAUUUGAUACAUCUUCAGGAGUUAGUUUCCUUUGUGAUCUGAAUGAUCAUAUUCCAGCACCUUGGCCUUCCAUUUCACAUUUACCAGCUUCAUCAUGCAACAGAACUAUUAAGAUUCCUGCACUUCCUGCAGCAGCUUCUGGGCAGAAAGGUGUAUACAACAAGGAUGCUAUGUUUCUUCUUCUUUAUGCAAUUGCAAUGCUUGUUCUUAUUACAAUUCUUUAAAUUUCUAAUGAAUCAAGCACUUUGCUUACUCGAAUUUAAAAAAAAAAAAAAUGGAGUUUCUUGAAAUCUAACCGGUCUGAUGAACAAGGGAAAAUCAAAAUUGCAAAAAGAAAGAAAAAAAAAAAGCAUGGAGAUUUUUGGCGGGAAAUCUUAGGGUUGAAGUUGAAAGUGUAAAAAAAGAUUUGCAUGGAAGUUGAGUUGGUAGUUAUUAGUAGUGAUGGUGAAUUUGUUGUUAUGGAAAUUGUGUAAGCAUUCUUGCAUAGUGUUGUUAUGUAAUAAGAAUUUUGUAAAGAAAGAGGGAGUUGAGUUCAUGUAUAUAUUUUUGCAAGUUAUACCCUUGUACUUUCUAUUUUAUCCAAGUUUACCCCC